AUGACGUCACCGACGGUCUUCGUUGUCAAGCAAGAGCCACGCAGCGACGACGAAGGCGGCAUCGGAGUGGCUACUCCCGUCUACAAUGGUACAGAGUCAUACGGAGCCACAAACAUCGCUAACGACGACAGCGUCAACGGCAGAGGUGGGAGCUGCGGGAAGUGCGGAAAUUCGACGUCGAGGACUUCGGCGGACAAAGACCGCGUGAGGUGCUCCACCUGCAGCAAGGUGCUGGCCAACCGCACCACCCUGCUCAAGCACCUGCGCAUCCACACGGGCGAGAAGCCGUACCCGUGCCCAAAGUGCAAUCGCUGCUUCCGCCAGAAGGAGCACCGCGACAAGCACGUGAACGUGCACACCCAGGGCAAGGCGUUCGAGUGUGUGGUGUGCAGCAUGACGUUCGGAAGGCGCCACUUUCUCGAGAAGCACAUGCAGAAUGUCCACAAGCUGGACCUGAGGUCCGCCUUCGAGCAGCGCGCUGUCAUCUUCCUGGAGGGCUCCGUUCAAGUUGAGCCCGUUCUCGAGCUUAAGGUGGAAACCGUCGCAGCAGCGCCGGCGGCCCCCAAGCCUCCUCCAGCACCGACGCACCGGUGCCCGGUGUGCCACAGGGCGUUCAGCCUGCGCUACAACCUACGUCGCCACAUGCGCACCCAGCACGGCCAGACGAGCAACAUGUGCCAGCACUGCGGCAAGGGCUUCAAGCGAGUCUCCGGCUUGCGCACGCACGAGAUCACGCACUCGGACGCUCGUCCUUACCAGUGCUCGCUGUGCGGCCGCUGCUUCGGCCAGAAGCACCACCUCAUGAGACACCACUUGGUGCACACGCCCAAGAUAAACAUCGUCUGCUCUGUCUGCCAGAAAGGCUUCCGCUACGCGUCUACCUUCUUCGAACACAUGGCCAUCCACGAUGCUGAAGAGGAGAUGAAGAAGAAGACCAAUCAGGAGCCCCAGAUGUCGCGAGAGGAAGUCCGAGAAGAAGGCGGAAGCCUUGAGAAGGAAGACGUCGAAAACAUUAAGAAAACCGCUAGUCCUCUUCUGCAGGAACGAGCAGAAGACCAAGCCUUUGUUGUCUACACGCAGCAGAUGACGUACCAAGAGCACCAGACGGCGCCUCAGGAGCACCAGACGGCGCCUCAGGAGCACCAGACGGCGCCUCAGGAGCACCAGACGGCACCUCAGGAGCAGCAGUGGCACCCCGAGGAUUACGUUGCCAUCGAGAACCUGGAUUUGGACUGCAUGUUUUGCGGAAGGUCAAUGAUUGAUCCUUAUGAACUGUACCGGCACCUUCUGGAACACUGCAGAGAAACGUGCGGUGCCGAUCGGGAUGAAUGCUUGGAAAUUGGGGGCACGGAGGGGAUGAUACUCGGUCUCUGA